AACAGCGGGCAGAAGAGCAGCGCUCUGUCCGCUGCCUAAAAGCGCCUUUAGCUGCUUUACGCUGCACCAAAAGCCUUUUAAUAACAUUAGAUCAAACGUAAAAACACGUCCGGCCCCUCACAUCGCCCUGUCGCGUGAGGAGUUAGACGCUAUCUCAGGAUCUUAGCGAUAAAGGAGAAACGUCUACGUCCGUGCCGUCCUUCAGUGAGGCCUUUGUUUUUCACGGCUGAGUAGGGGAACAAUAGCGCCCCCUGCGCGCACCGAGGAAUAGUCUGAGGAUAGGGAGCCACAGCGGCCGAACCAGCAGCCUCCCGAUCAACGUGGGACCCCUCAGCUCAGCUGUCCGAUGCGGGGAGAGGAUGAGUCCCGCUCUGGAAGUGCUCAUGCAGGCGGACGGAGCUUCUUACGGGAAAGGCGUGAUGCUUGAGCCCUUUGUGCACCAGGUGGGGGGCCACUCGUGCGUGCUCAGGUUCGGGGAGCAGACGAUAUGCAAGCCCCUGAUCCCACGGGAGCACCAGUUCUACAAGAGCCUGCCUCCGGAGAUGAGGAAGUUCACCCCGCAGUACAAAGGAGUUGUGUCUGUGAGUUUCGAGGAGGAUGAAGAGGGAAACCUGUGUCUCGUGGCCUAUCCUCUGCACACAGAGACCGGAGACCUGGAGAACAAGGACCCAUCAUCAGACUGCGAACCCAAAACAAAGAUGCUCAAGUGGAGUAACAAGAAGCAGGCGCCCCUACUGGUGGAUAACGACAACUACAGCAAGGAGAGAUCCAGACACAACCGCAAAGAGGACAAACUAGCCAGUUACAAUCGUGAGGAGGCGCAGCAGCAGCAGGCGGAGGUGCUGUACGUCAGUCUAGAGAAGAGCAGCAUGUCUUCUCAGAUCAAACACAACCCCUGGAGUCUGAAGUGUCAUCAACAACAUCUGCAGCGCAUGAGAGAAAACGCCAAGCACCGCAACCAAUACAAAUUUAUCCUCCUGGAGAACUUGACGUGGCGAUACAAAGUGCCCUGUGUGUUGGACCUGAAGAUGGGCACACGACAGCACGGAGACGACGCCACAGAGGAGAAGAAAGCCAACCAGAUCCGCAAGUGUCAGCAGAGCACGUCCGCCUCCAUCGGGGUGCGCCUGUGCGGGAUGCAGGUGUACCAGUCGGACUCAGGACAGCUCAUGUUCAUGAACAAGUACCACGGUCGUAAGCUGACCCUGGCCGGGUUCAAAGAGGCGCUGUUCCAGUUCUUUCAUGAUGGGAGGCGCCUUCGCAGAGAGUUGCUGUCUCCAGUGCUGCGCAGACUGAGGGAGAUGAAGGCUGCUCUGGAGGCCUGUGAGUCGUACAGGUUCUACUCCAGCUCUCUGCUCAUCAUCUAUGAUGGAGACCUGCCCCGCAGCAGGCCACGCCCCCGUGGCGGUGAGGAGGGUGAGGAUGAACCAUCUGACGAAGAGGAGCAGAGUGAUGAAGAUGAGGAGGGCGCCUGGUGCUCUGGCCCCAGCAGCAGCUCUGGGGCUGGGGGCAGCAGAGGCUCUGUGGGCUCUGAGAGUAGCAGUCCAGAGGUGGACGUGCGCAUGAUCGACUUUGCCCACACCACUUGUCGUCACUACGGAGAGGACAGUGUGGUGCAUGAGGGACAGGACAGUGGUUUUAUAUUCGGACUACAGAACCUGAUCUCCAUCAUCUCCCAGCUGGAGGACCACAGCGCAGAUUAAACCUGUACUGAACGCUGGGCUUUGUUUGAUUAUUUGGGACGACUCUGAAUCGACCCUGGUGCUCUGCGGUGUGUUCACCUCAACAGGAGCCCUCUGUGUGCAGGGCUCUAUGCUGCCCCUUAGAGGACCGGCCCUUUGGGCCCGAGCUGCACUUUUCUCUCAGAGACUUCAGAGUCCGUGGGGCAAAUUUAGGGGAGGGGGUAAGGUUGGCACCCCCUGUCGCCCCUGCCCCGUCUGAUGGUGAUUGAAGUUCUCUCUGAGAGAGACGGACUGUGCCAGAGGAGUGAAGUAGUAUAGAACUGGUGCUUAACCUGUGACACAGUGUUUAGUGAUUUGAACUCCCCAACAUCACAGCACACUAUCAUCGGGGAACAGGCUCUUGCAGCCACGUAGCAUUUAAACGUUACUCUCUGAUAAGGACUGAUGUUAUUAUUGUCAUAAGACCCCGAGCAUUUAUUAGUGUGUCCAGUGGACAUGUGGUGCAAGUCUAUUACGGUGUAGAAGAAGGGAUCGCCUUUCUGCAGCUGCGCUCUCAUUGAUUUUGCCUAUGGACAUUCUGAGGGAGUCGCACGCUGCUCUAUUUCUAUUUCUUUAUUCGGUCAAUGUCUUUGCUUCUGUCUUUCUCCUUUUCAUUCCUCAAAGAGAAUCUAUUGUUUAAAGACUUUAUAAAAAGACUUAUUUAUUUGACACUUUGUUUAAAACUGAAAUGGAAACAGCUACAUUCCAUAUGAUCCAAUACCACUUAAUGUUGUUUUACUGACUUGAUUGAUUUUGUUAUUGCCAGAGCCACUAGCUCUCCUGUACUGUGUGUUAACAGUGUCUUGAUAAAUAAAGGCAUUCAUUUGUGGUAAAAAAACAAACAAA